AGGCAAAUUUCGAAUUAAAGGUUAUAUCACGCUUGGAGCUUCGAAACGCUUCACCAUCAAACUUAUUUAAAAAAUGUCGUUUUAAAUGGCGGAGGAAAAAAGUAUAUGAAUUUUUUGAAAAAAAAUCAUACAUUUCCGAAGCAUAUUUCUUAUUAUACACGUUAGCUGCUGGUAUCAAUUUUAAUGCUCUAGGUCUUAGACUGAAAUGUAAUAUUCAGAACAUUUCAUAAUUAGUAUUAUAGCCGGGGGGUGGCGAGUUACUUUGUGACCGACGCGUUUUUAAAGAAAAGAUUUCGGUCGUAAGGAAACAGAUUUUAAAUCAAAAGAGAACUUUAUUCAAAUUUAUAGAUUUGCACGUAUGCUCGAAACAUCUUGUGUAGUAUACAUUCGUAAUUUUAGCUUUCGGAUACUGUAUUAAGUUAAAUAAAUCUGCCACAUGCGUCUUUGUUAAGCGGGACACGUCGAAAAAUUCUUUCGGUGAAUUAAAUUCCGUUACUUAGAAACAAAGCAACUUGAUGUUAAAAUUCAUUUCUUGUUUUGGGUCACUUUUUCUAAAGCUAUAGGAAAUUCUGGAAGAGUAUUUGGCUGUUUGUGGGUUUCGUGACCGGUCGAUCCUUGGGCGAAGCGAAACAGCGAAACGUCAGAGAAAGGCAGAGCGUCGAUGCUGUAUUCCGUUUGCAAGAAUACAAUCAAAUUAUGGGUGAGAUCUAACAGCGUUUGGUAGGAGAUAUCUUCAGCCCAUCUCAUCAUAUCAAUUUUCCAUACUUAGCAGUGAUAUAUUACAGUGCCCUUUUCACGGAGAAAUACGAAAAAGUUCAUUUCUGAAAAGCUAAAUACGUUAAAUUCACCAAGCUAUCACGAGCGAGGCCCUAACCGCCUUGAGCGGCCUUGUGAUACAGUCAUGGUUGUCAAAAGAACAACCCACAGGAUCUUCGGACAAGUAAUAUUUUUUAGUCUUUUCGUUUCUGCGGGGGUGUUGAUUAUCUUCAACAUGGUAUUUUUUCUUCAAACUGCCUCUGAACUCGUUCUAUUGACGAACUCGGGACAAGAUAAAACGACUUUACCUUUGGCGUUCAACGAGGAACAAAGACAGAAUGAAGAGCUUGCGUUACGAGAAGACAAUGUUUUGGAAUUAGAAGUGUUAUCCAGUAAGGAAAACGUUACGUUGACAAUAAACGGACAGAGUGACGACGCUAUUGCCCGAUUGUCUAAAGACGCCAUCAGCUUCUUAUCAAGUUAUGGUAGUUCCUUCAUAAAGCACUUGAGGUUUCGCUCCACUUGGGCCUUUGUUGUGUCUGUGACGAAAACUCAACGCAUCAUACACGCAGAGAGCUAUCAGAACCCUACUAAUUCUGACAAGUGGGCGAGUCCGAUAAAAAUACGAACCCUGAUUAAACUUAAACCUGAACAUGUCGUCCAGUGUCAGUGGGAAGACACAGUAACAAACAGACGGAGGAGAGAAUUCUGUGCAAAGUUUGAGGGCUAUGGAAAAGUUUGUAGUUGCGACAAUCCUGUUCCUCUGAAAAUCGACCCACCUGCAUUCCCGGAUGGAAGCCGCUUCAAACUUCCUAUAGCGAUCAUGGCCAGUAACAGACCAAGCUACCUACUGCGCAUGCUUUUAGGCAUGCAGAAGGUCCAUGGACUGGAUACGAGUAUGAUAACGGUGUUCAUAGAUGGAUUUUGGCCGGAGCCUGCUUCUGUCACCAGGCUCCUUGGGGUCAAACUUGAGCAACACGCCGGAGUCAGCCGGCGGAAUGCCAGAAUUGGUCAGCACUACAAGAAAUCCAUCGUUGACUCCUUCGACCAACAUUCUGAUGCUAACUUCUUACUGAUCCUCGAAGAGGACCUCGACGUGUCUGUGGACAUUCUUAGCUAUUUUCAACAGCUUCUCCCGGUCUAUGAAAACGACAAAAGUGUUUAUUGUAUAUCAGCUUGGAACGAUCAGGGCUAUGACCAUCUCUGUAAUGACCCUGCCAUGAUGUACAGAGUGGACACUAUGCCAGGCCUGGGAUGGGUGUUGAGUCGUAAGCUUUUUAAAAACGAACUGGAAGAGAAAUGGCCGAAACCUGAUGACUUUGUGGACUGGGACAUGUGGAUGCGAGCUGAGUACAACAGGAAAGGUCGAGAAUGUAUCAUUCCUGACAUUUCAAGGACAUAUCAUUUCGGCGGCAAGGGGCUGAAUGUAGGGGGACCUAUGCAAGCCCGGUACUUUGCAACACAUUCGCUGAAUACAAAGCCAAACGUAAAGCUGGAUGUUGAUAAAAUGUACAAAGAAAACUACGAGAAGGAGAUCAACCAACUGUUGAGGUGA